CAAUCAGAAGCGGUGAAUUAAAGUGUAACAUUUAAUACAUUUUUUUUUACAAAUUCUGUUAUUAUUCAUCUAAAUUAUUGUAGUUAAUACAGUUGUUUCUCAUAUUAUGUAGGGGUACAUUAGUAAAAUAAGCAUUAUAUUACGGUUAAAUGUGUAACCUGUAUACGUUUGUGAAAAAUAAGGUUAUGUUUUUGUUUUUGUGUCAUUCAAAUUUAGCUAAUAAAAUAAAAUAAUUGCGAAGUUUAUUAAUUUGUAGCUAAACAUUAGGACUGCCAAUAUUUAUAAAAAUGGCUAGUGACAAAGACGACAAUUCAGAGAUUGAAGAUCAUACAGACAAAAUAGAAAUAGUGGUAGUAAACAAUUCUGAAGAAGAAAGUAAAGCCCAAGAGGUUUCUAAAACAACAAUAAAAGACAUAUUUUCUGGUUUUAAACCGAAAAAAGAAACUGAUAAUGAUGAAUGGAGUCCCGAUGAAAAUGAAGAGGAAGAUGAUGAGUUUGAGGAAGAGGAAGAGUUAGAAAAUGAAACUCCACGGAAAAGGAGUAGAAAACGUGAAGCCAACACUUCUAAGACUGAUGAUAAAGCUAACAAGAAACGAAUUUAUAUGCAGAGAUAUCGUAAGGAAUGGGAAAAUAUCCCAGCUUAUAAACCAUGGUUAUCAGAAAGUGUAAGAGGAAAUUUAUACUUUUAUUGUAAAUUUUGUAAAAAAGACAAUAAGUGUGGAAAAUUAGUAAUAGAAAAACACAUGACUUCUCAAAAGCACAUAAGAAAUUCCGUGCAAAAACAAAAUAAAGUACAGAGAAAGUUUACUUUUCGAGGGCUACUCUGUCCAGUUUUUACACCAUUUGAAGAUAGAAGGGAAACUGAAAUAAAUUAUGCUGUAAUUCCUGAUUAUGCAAAAUAUUUGAAGGCUUGUGGAGUUAAAGGAGUGUUAAUUAAUGAUAUUUUGGGUGAAGGAAUGUCUUUGGGGAAAAAUGAGAGAAUGAGAUUAACAGAAGAANAAAAUUUUCCUGAGAGCGUCUAG